CCCCUUUCUGUUAUAGGGAACACAUUUAUCUCUUUUGGCUCUGUGCAACAGAGAGUUAAAUAUUUGAACAGCCCUUCCCUUUUCAGAAGUUUCAGUCUACCUCAGGCAUAAUGGGCUGCAAUUUAAUCUGCUCUCACGAGUCAAAGCUUUAUUCACCCUUCCCACCUUCUGGAUUGAAGUCAGGAAAGAGGAAAAACAUUUUGUUCACACAGAGGGGCCUGGGAACUUAAAUGAUGCUUCUAUGUUCUUUAUAGGAGAUAUUUCUCGACAAAAUGAAGGGUUGUUGUUGUUGUUAUGAAGCAUUUCCCAUGUGGAAGAAUUCUAUUCUUAGCCGAAACCCUAAAGUGCUAAAAAGCGAGGCCCAGCGCUAAAGUUGCGAACAAACGAAAGUCGCUUGUGGGAUGGGAAAGUCAGUGAGAUAAUAAAGGGAAAAUAUUUGGAGAGGGAAGGACGUGUGUGUGGGGAAAAAAGAGACCGGGGAGGCAGCAGAGCUGAGGGAGGAACGAGAUAACAAACAGAGGAGGGCUGGGAGCGGUGCGCUGUGCCAGUGAGGCGGCUAAAAUCGGACACUGCCUGGAGGAGGAGGUGAGCGCUCAGGAGUGAGCUUUUCAUUUAACAGGGGCAGGUGACUUUCCAUAAAGAACGGGCGCAGUGUAAAGUGCUAAUAACAGGCAGUAUAGCGGCUAAACGCCACACGAUGCCCAAAACUCUGUGCAGCGAGAUUAACUGUGGCUAAUGUUGUGUGAGCAGUGCCCAUCGCACAAUCGCAAUUUGCAAAGUCAGAGAUCGGGUGCUUUAUUUUACUAAUUAUGGAGCCCAUAACUAAGUGGUCCCCGAUCCAAGUUGUUGAGUGGAUGAAAGGACUUGAUGAUUGUUUGCUACAGUAUGUUACUAAUCUAGAGCGAGAGAAGAUAAAUGGUGAACAGCUACUAAAAUUUACUCAUCAGGAUCUUCAGGAACUUGGAAUUACGCAAAUUCAACAUCAGGAGGUUGUUCUUGAGGCAGUUGAUCUUCUUUGUGCCUUGAAUUAUGGCCUGGAAAUGGACAACAUGAAAAAUAUUGUUCUAAAACUGAGAUCAGCAUCUACCAAUCUUCAGAAUUACAUCGGCAAUCAGAGGAAAAGCACAUCUUAUGAUGGCAGUACAUCUCACAAGCCCCACAAUGAUUUUCUUACCUCUGUUGUAGAACUCAUUGGCUCUGCAAAAGCGCUAUUAACAUGGCUUGAAAGAGCUCCAUUUACAGAGAUUACCGAUUUAUCUUCAACAAAGAACAAAAUUAUUCAACUUUGUCUGGAUCUAACAACGACCGUUCAGCAGGAAUUCUCUGUUGAAGAAAUGGAAAAUUAUGUACUAACUGUUUCCAAAGAACUAAAUGGUAUAUGUGACAAGACAAUCAGAUUGGCUUCAGACCCACUUCCAAAUCAUUGUGCCUGUUUGGAGGAAGUGCAUGUAACAAAUAUUAAACCCGGUGAAGGCCUGGGAAUGUAUAUCAAAUCCACGUACAAUGGGUUGCAUGUCAUUACAGGAACUACUGAGAAUUCAGCAGCAGAUCGCUCUGGGAAGAUUCAUGCUGGGGAUGAGGUGAUUCAAGUUAAUCAUCGUACAGUGGUUGGCUGGCAAUUAAAGAAUCUUGUAGCCAGACUGAGGGAUAAUUCUGGUGGAGUCACGCUUCUUCUGAAAAAGAGACCCACCAGCAGUCUGAGUUUUACUCCUGCGCCUUUAAAAAACCUGAGAUGGAGGCCUCAGCUUGUACAGACAAGUCACUCACCAACAGGUUUGCAGUCUCCAGAAAGCACUUCAGAUUCUUCUUUAAAAAAAGAAAAGCCAGCAAUACUUGAUCUUUACAUACCACCACCACCAAGUGUCCCUUAUUUCCCACGUUCUGAGGUUGGCAGCAGUGGAAGCAAUAGAAGUGUGCAUCCUAUUCCUGGGUCAGAAGGUUCUGAGUCCCCAAAUUCUUUUUUGGAUCAUGAAAGCCGCAGGAGAUGGUUUACUAUUGGCAACUCUGACCAGCUAUUCUCGUGUCCAUUGGAAGUGAAGGUGCAACCUGCAAAACUUAGAGACAAAACACCUUCAUAUGGUAAACCACGUCCAUUGUCAAUGCCUGCUGAACCGAGCUGGAUGGUACCACCUGAAACAUACUCAAGGCACAGACUCACGGGAAAAAAAGGUGAAGGGGUUCUUUCCAGGUAUUUCAGUAAUGAACAAAUAGCACCUAUCAGUGAAGAAAAUAUUUAUUCUUGUAGCAACUUAACAAAGCCAGCCAGCAGAAGGCUGGUAAGAGGAGCAGACUAUGUACGAGCUAGCCCGAGCCUUUUAAACGUGGACUUGCACAAUAGUUCCACAAUGCCUUACCAGGAAGAUGUUGAAAAAAAGCACAAUGCUUCUUCGUCUUCAAGGAAUUCCUCCACAGAGCCAUCAUUUCUGGUCAGCUGGUUUACAAAACUAAAACGGUUGCCUCGCUAAAUAUAUUCCGACUGUGACACCACUCCGUGCCUUUAUACCCUAAAUUACAGUAUUAGGUGCAAACCCGGUCCAUGUGGAUUCAUGCUACAUACUAUUUAUUUCAUGUGGCACCUACUGGUCAACACUUGCACAAACUACAAGUUGAAGAAGCCAUGUCUGAAAUAAGCCAGGCCUGUACAAUUUUUCUACUUUGUUUUUUCUAAACUAUAGUCCGUGGGACUGACUCUGCAUAUCAAAUAUAGAAUACUCGGUCCCCCUAACAUCUGCAUACAAUUUCAAUUAACCACAAGAAGCAAAUGCACUCAGUAUUACAGAAAAUAAAUGAUGGAAUGUUCUGACCAGAUGCAUCAAGCAAAGAUCAAGGAACUAAUGCAAAU